AUGGCAAGCAAUGAUUCACAUAUAUUAGUCGAUAUAUCAAAUAGUCAUACAAGGCAUAUUCUCACAUCUCUUGAUGUUAUUAUAGAGCAAGCGCCUUGCACUGCGGUUAAUGUAUUUGGGCUCGAUCAGAACAAGCGGGAUAUAAGGCAACCAAAUGGAACACUAUUUACGGAUAUCUGUAUUGCUAUUGGGUAUCAAAUAUGGAACAAGGGAAUGGAUAGGAACGUGAUCUACCAUAUUAGACGAUCGACAGCACGUGGCGUGGAGGAUGAUGCGGUUUUAUGGCAGAGUGAUGAUCAUGAUAUGCAAAUAAACUCACUGCCUUUGUUGAUGAUGAUUGCUGUUGGUAGAAUAAGCGGUACUGAUCUUGUCAAGAACAAUUGA